CAGUUAUUCAAGCUAUGAGAGUUGGACAUUAAGAGUUGCUGUGUUACAAGGCAUUGCCUGAGACUUCCAACGAUGCGUGACAUCUGAAAGGAGGUUAGCUCCCAGCAAGUUUAAGAACAUCGUCGUGGGUGUGCUUUCCUAUCAGUCAUGAGUGCGUAUUUACUGAAACGGAAAGGGUUAUCAUUGAUAGUGGCCUUUGCAUUGAUUGCUGUAGCACUUGUCCUGAUGAGGCCACAAUACCUUCUUCCAUGGAAGACACUAGGGACGCUGGUAGAAGAUAUAACACCAAAUAGAAAACCUAUAUAUGAACUUAACAUUAGUGACAUUAGUAAGAUACAAACCGAAUUGUUAAUUGCUUCUGUUCAUAUAGACAAAGGUUACUCUAAAGAAACAGCCAUCAUAAAUGGUGACAUUAAGAAAACAUAUGUUACACAUAUGCCGGAGUUCGCUUCAAUAACGAUAUCAUCGAAACUAUCAUCUUUAGUGAGAAUAUUCGAUAGCAAAAAAAUGUCUUUACAUAUAUCAGUGGCUGAAAACAAAUGUGUGAACUUAAGGAUUCGAUCUGAUCUUCAGUCGCCCAUUUGUGUGUAUGAUAAAGAAAGUGAUAAUUAUAUAUCAGGGUCGUUGCUGUCUAGUGGAACUUGGGAGGGUUCUCAGAUGGCAAUGGUUGUUAGGUUACUGCAGGCACAUAGUGAGGUAGAUGUUUUAGACCUCGGUUGUAAUAUCGGUGUUUACACUAUUCUGGCCGCUAAAAUGAACCAUCGGGUCGUUUCUGUUGAUCCGUCGAGGAUGAAUUUAAUGCUUCUUUCGCGAUCACUAAAACUUGGUGAAAUUGAUUCGAAAGUGACUUUGCUGUGGAACGCUGUCGGCGACAGGGUGCAGAAUGUAACUCUUCAUGAAUAUAAAGGAAACAUUGGAGGAACUUUUGUUAAGGCUAAAAGUGACAAAGACGACGAGAACCAGAUUGACGAAUUGCAUCGAGCAGUUGCCGUGACACUUGAUCACCUGAUACCUCUGUUCGCAAACAAACCAAUUUUCAUAAAGAUGGAUAUCGAAACAUAUGAGUGGAAUGCAUUAAAAGAAGGCGAACGCUUUUUCAAAUCAACAAAUGUAAGAUUCGUUUUCAUGGAGUGGGUCGCUCAUAGAAAUAAACAAAGCGCUAAUGACAUUAUUAAUUUUAUGUACAAAUUUCAUCUAGUGCCUCAUCAGAACGACAACGUAGGGUCACGCUUACAGCUGAAAUCAAAUGCCACUUGGCCGGGCGAAAUUUUGUGGAUGAAAAUUGUGAAAUAAAAUUUGUACUUCUAACCACCAUAUACAGAUGUGUAAUACUUUUCAUGCAGUUAUGUUGGAGAUUUAUGUUGCAUUGGUUUGAAUUCGUAGAAUAUCAAGCGAGAAUGUAAAUACAACUGCCGGGGAAAAAUAAAACAUUAACUGGACGAAUAAAAAUAGCAGUUUAAAUCAUUAAGCAUAACCAUCCUGACAAGCAAUGCUAAUUUUCCCCUUGUAAAACUGCUGAAUCUGUUUUAAUUGUGUUACUUGUUUAAACUUGUAUUUACCAUAUCUAAUAGAUUAAUGAGCCAAUUUACUCAUGGUUACUGACACGACGUGUGUAAUAAUGCAGUCGUCAACACUUGAUUGUUUUAUUUACUCAUGCUUAUUGAUAAGACAUCCUGCGGAUGUAAACAGAUGAUUGUUUGAUUUACUCGUUUAAAUUUAUAUGACGUUGGUAAUACUACAACUGUUAACAGUUGAUUGCGUUAUUUACGCAUAUUGACUGAUAUGACGUAUGUCGUACUGCAGCUUCAGCCGAUUUAUAAUAAAAUUAAUGGUCGUGUUUGACACGUUAAAAUGUACAUUCAUUGUGACUCUUCUUGACAAAAACCAGAUAAAGUUAACAUACUUA